AUGGCAUCCAACAACGCCCAGACAGAAGUCAAGGAUCGGCCUGAUCCAGAUCGCUUCUUGAAGCACUCGGUACACGAUCUUCUUUCUCUCAAAGAUCGCACAGUCGUGAUCACUGGAGGUGCGCGGGGUCUUGGUUUGGCCUUUGGUUUUGCAGUCGCCGAAACCGGCGGCAAUCUCGCCAUCAUUGAUUUCCUCGAUGAGCCACACGAGCACUUUUAUAAGCUGCAGAAGGAUUUUGGAGUGAAAGUAAAGCUUUACAAGAGCGAUGUCACGAAUUACGCCGCUUUGAAGACCACGUUUGACGAGAUCGUGAGCGACUUUGGGCGCAUCGAUGGUUUAGUGACCGCCGCUGGCAUAUGCCCAGACGAGCCUUUCCUCGAGCGCGACCCACAGUCUGUUGCUCGAUGCUUCAAUGUGAACACCUUGGGCACAUACUAUUCUGCGCAGCUUGCUGCUGCCCAAAUGGACAAGCAGGAGCCAAACCCAAGAACGGGUGGCAAGGGCUCGAUUGUUUUUAUUGCUUCUAUUGCGGCAUAUGUCGCCAGCAAAGGACAAACUACCAGCGACUACUGCUCUAGCAAAGGAGCCGUUGUAUCUUUGGCCAAAGCACUGGGAGUUGAAUUGGCGCCCAAGAAGAUUCGCGUCAAUAGCGUUUCGCCGGGAUACAUGGUGACCGACAUGACGCUUGAUCUAUGUGACCGAUACCCUCACCUCUCAGACAUUAUGAAUAACGAGCCCCCGAUGCGCCGCAUGGGCGACCGUACUGAUCUUAAGGUGCCUAUUGUCUACCUUUUGUCAGAUGCAAGUGCAUACCAUACAUCCGACGACCUUCUUAUCACGGGUGGCAUUCACGCAGGGCCCAAACACUCUUCACACAAAUUCCUCAACAUGACAUCGCUACCCACGAAGUUUACUCUCAACACAGGAGCCGAAAUUCCGGCACUUGGUUUAGGAACAUGGCAAUCCAAGCCAGGCGAAGUGCGCGCAGCCGUUGCAUAUGCCCUUAACAACGGGUACCGACACAUUGAUGCUGCUUACUGCUAUGGAAACGAGGAAGAAGUGGGAUUGGGACUGAAGGAUGCAUUCGAGGCUGGAAAGGUCAAGCGCGAAGAUGUGUUUGUGACUACAAAACUGUGGUGUACCGAUCACACCCGGGUUGAAGAAGGCCUUGACAAGAGUUUGAAGCUUCUUGGUCUCGAGUAUGUGGACCUGUAUCUGAUGCACUGGCCGAUUGCCAUGAACCCGAAUGGAAACCAUGAGAAAUUCCCCACCCUGCCAGACGGAUCCCGCGACUUGUACUUUGAAAGAUCGCAUGUGUCGACUUACAAAGACAUGGAGAAGCUCCUCGAUACCGGAAAAGCCAAGGCUAUCGGGGUGGCCAACUACAGCGUGCGGUACCUGAAGCAACUUGUUCCUCAGGUAUCGGUUACACCUGCGGUCAAUCAAAUCGAGAACCACAUCUUGCUUCCCCAGCAGGAAAUUGUGGAUUUGUGCAAAGAGCUUGGCAUACAUGUGACGGCAUACAGCCCUCUAGGAAGCAGUGGAAGCCCACUCAUGCAAUUACCGGUAAUCAAGGCCAUAGCACAGCGCCAAGGCACCUCAACAGCCACCGUUUUACUUUCCUGGCAUGCUGCCUCCGGGCGAUCCGUCCUCGCAAAGUCGGUCACGCCAAGUCGUAUCUCAGAAAAUAAGAAUCUCGUCCCACUAGACUCAACCGAUCUCCAAGAGAUCAAUGCAUUCAUUGCUGACACGGCGGCAAAGAAGGGCUUUACCCGAUAUGUGUAUCCUGCAUUUGGCGUCGACUUUGGGUUUCCGGAUAAAUCAUGA